AUGGGUAUAUUCAAGAACAGUCGUGUGUAUGUGCUCGCCACGGUAGCAUAUACCGGUUCAUUCUUAUUCGGAUAUGACACCGGCGUGAUGGGCAGUGUAUUGGAACUUCCAAGUUUCAAAGCCGACUUUGGACUUCAGGAAGGAAGUUCUGGAUUUUCAGAUGCCAAAAAUGCCCAAGUCUCAUCGAACGUCGUUUCACUUCUCACAGCCGGAUGCUUCUUCGGCGCUAUCCUCGCCUCCUUCGUUAACGAGAAGUUUGGCCGUCGCUAUUCCAUCAUGGGAUUCCUGAUGUUCUUCCUUAUCGGCUCUGCUGUCCAAACCGCCGCUCACAGUGAAUUAUCUUAUAUGUACGGUGGACGAGUGAUUGCAGGUUUCGGAAUUGGAGGCAUGUCCGCCAUCACUCCAGUCUUUGUGUCGGAGAACUGCCCACCAGCGAUCCGUGGUCGUAUUGCUGGUCUCUUCCAGGAGUUCCUCGUCAUUGGUGUCACCGUUGCAUACUGGCUCUGCUAUGGUGUUGCAGAAACCAUCCCCGCCACAACCAAACAAUGGCGUAUCCCUAUUGGAUUCCAGCUUGUGCCAGGAGGUCUGAUGAUGAUUGGCUUGUUCUUUUUGACCGAAUCUCCUCGUUGGUUAGCGAAAGAAAAUCGCUUCGAGGAAGCACUCGAUGCCCUUGCGUAUAUGCGCAACGAGCCAACUACAAGCCCUGCGGUUCAGACUGAGAUGGCUGAAAUCAAAGCGGCUGUUGAGCACGAAGUCGAAUCAACUCAGGGCCUUAGUUGGAGAGAACCUUUCCUGCCUGGAAACCGAAUUCGCUUUGUCAAUUGUUUCUUGAUGAUGUUCUGGCAGCAGUGGACAGGUACCAACAGCAUUGGGUACUAUGCUCCCCAGUUGUUCCAAACCGUUGGAGUGGCUGGAGGCAACACGAGCUUGUUCACAACGGGUAUCUACGGUAUUGUCAAGGUUGUUACCACUGGAAUCUUCCUUGUCAUUGGUAUCGACAAGGUCGGUCGGCGGUGGUCUCUUAUCGGCGGCGCUCUUUGGAUGUGCACGAUGAUGUUCAUCCUCGGUGGUGUUCUGGUGUCUUACCCUCCUGACCCAGAAGGGAAGGGCGGAAUUUCAUCAGCCUCCCUCGCUAUGAUUGUCAUGAUUUAUUUCUACGUCAUUGGAUACUCCGCAUCGUGGGGACCGAUUCCAUGGGUUUAUAUUUCUGAGAUUUUCCCUACCCGCCUUCGUUCGUACGGUGUUUCUACCGGUUCGGCAACCCAGUGGCUCUUCAACUUUGUGGUCACUUACGUGACUCCAGCGGCCAUCAAUAACAUUGGCUGGCGCACCUUUAUUAUGUUUGGUUGCUUCUGCUUUGCCAUGGCUAUCUGGGUUUUCCUUAUCGUCAGGGAAACGAAGGGUCGCUCCCUCGAGGAGAUGGGCGUCCUCUUCGAAAAGUUCCAUGCCUUUGGCAAAUUGCCUGAUGUUGAAAGUGUAGCUUUUGAGCGGAAGCUUUCAUUUGAUGAUGACGCUGCUACCUCGACUCAUAAUGAAGUACAGGGUGUCGAAACUGAAGAACAUGUGAAGAAAUAA